CCAGCUGCCUUCAUGCAGAACGGUACCUCCAUCGUGCAGACCUUCAUGCUCAUCUCCAGCUUCCUGCUGGCCUACAACCUGCUGCUGCAGUCAGACAACCCGAAGAAACAGCUCAGCAUCACCAUGCUGCCACGCUGUCUUAUGCAUAGGAUCGCUAGGAUCUCCCCUCUGUACCUGUUCGUGCUGGGCGCGGCGACGUCGUGGUGGGCGCAGGGCGGCGCGGGCCCGCUGUGGCCGCCGCUCGUGCUGGCCGAGGUGGCGCGCUGCCGCCACAAGUGGUGGACGCAGGCGCUCUUCCUCGACAACUUCCUGCAGACACAUGACAAGUGUCUCAUUCAUACCUGGUUCCUCACAGUGGACAUGCAACUGUACGUGGUGUCAGCGAUCCUGACGCUAGUGCUGGGCAGAUGGCCGCGCGCCGCGCUGAGGGUCCUGCUGGCACUGACGCUCUGCGCCGUGGCCGCCAACUUCGCCAUCAUAUACCACUGGCAGCUGCAGCCCAUGGUGCUGCUCAUGACUCCUGAGAACAUGCGGACCCUGUUCGUGGGCUCGCGCUCGUUCAUCUGGCUGUACACGGCGCCGUGGGACAGCGCGCCCGCCGCGCUGCUGGGCGUCGCGUUAGCCUUCCUCCUCCGCAGCCAGCACAGCGACGGCUACCGGCCGCAGAAUAGCCUGUGCAUCCGCGUGCUGUACCGCGUGUCGGUGCCGGGUCUGUUCGCGUGGGUGCUGGCGGGGCACGGCAUGAAGGCCGUGGCGCACCCGCUGGCGGUGAGCGCGUUCGCGGCGAUCGACCGCCCCGUGUUCUCCUGUCUCAUCGCUUGCGCCUUGUACGGCUUCUUCAACAAGAUUGACAGACUCUGGUGGAAGUUCCUGUCGUGGCGCGGCUGGGCGGUGCUGAGCCGCAUGUCGCUGUCCAUCUACCUGAUCCACUGGCUGUUCACCCUGACGCUGCUGGCUCAGCGCACCAACACCACCAGGGCUUCCGCCUUCGAUAUUGGUGGACACUGGCUCAGCACAGUUUUCCUGUCGUACUGUGCAGCGUUGCCCCUGCACUUGCUCAUAGAAGUACCAGCGAUGAAGUUCCUCCAGUCUAUUAGUCCAUAAGUACUAGAACUUCUAUAAUGUACAUUACAGGUAUUGUUGAUUUCUCGGCAAUAUACUUACUCAGACUCCGACUUUACAGGGUAGGCCAUCUAUGCCAGGCUGGAAACUGAUAUCGAUUUGUUUUUCUGACUGGUUGGCUGACUCUUAGAGCCGUGCUGUGUCUUCGUGAUUGUUAUCUAAGGAAUAUCUACCCAGACUAGAAUAAUAUAGCAUUUAUAACGGGAUGAAAAUGUUUAUAAUGUCAAGAAUUAGUACCGCUUAAAGCAGGAAAGCUAGCCUGCUUAAAGCGGCCUUUUUACUUAGGCAUUUGAACGUCCGACAUUAACGUCCCCACUCAGAAACAUUUGAUGGUCACUUAAGCCAUUCCUUAGUGAAGGAUUUGUAUGACAUUCCUGCCCGUUUUCACCAACUAUCUCUUAACGUUUCCAUAACUAAGUGUCACUUAGAAUAGGGGCUCCCCCAAUUAUAAACGUUAUAAGGGGCACUUAAACUUUGGUGAAAACGAAAUUCGUAUUAAGUGUUCCCUAAAUGCUCGUAGGGGAUCCCUAAAUUUAGGUAUUUGUUGGCGAAAAUGGGCAUCCGUCACUAAGGA